AUGGGUAAAAGAAAGUCAUCAUCACGUAAACCAGCAAAGAAGAUCAAGCAAACACUUGAUACCACAUUUACAUGUUUGUUUUGUAAUCAUGAGAAAUCAGUCAUUUGUACAAUAGAUAAGAAGAAUUUAUUAGGUGAAUUGCACUGUAAAAUAUGUGGGCAAAGUUUUCAAACUGCUAUACAUUCAUUAUCCCAACCAGUGGAUAUAUAUAGUGACUGGAUUGAUGCUUGUGAGGAUUUAGCAGAAGAAGCAGAAAGAAACGGUAAUGAUGAAGAAGGUGAUGUUUAUUCUGAUGGGGAUGACAAUACUAGUACCAAUAAUGGUUCUGGAAGACAUGACAAAGACCCCAUCCUAGAUUCUGAAGACGAAGAUGAUGAAAAUUUUUAA